AUGUCUUCUGAACAGGGAAAUGGAUCGAAUCCUUCGACGUCGCCGGAGGUUGAGGGAAGUGAAACGGUACCGUUUCGUCGGAGAUUGAUAAAUGCUCAAAGAGGGCAAAGAGUUUUUGCUCCGAAGCUAUUGGAAGCUCUCCGUCGAUCACGGAGAAGUCAAGAAGCUCCGGCAAGUCAACUUAGUCGGAAAUGGAGAACCACUGCGGCUCAAAAGGUUUAUUCUUUAAAGCUUUACGACGCUCUCCGGCGAUCACGACGUAGCACAACAGUCCGAGACACGGCCGACAAAGUCCUCGCGGCUACGGCUCGUGGUACGACUCGGUGGAGCCGGUCGAUCUUGGUGAGUCGACUCGGGACGAGUCAACGCCGUCACCGGAAGAUAAAACCGGUGCCGGCAUUGACGGCGGAGGUCAGGGGAGGGAGGAGGAGGAAGUUAUCGGCGUUGGGAAACCGGGUCAGGGUUUUGGGUGGGUUGGUUCCGGGUUGCCGGAGAACGGCGUUGCCGGAGCUUUUGGACGAGACGGUGGAUUAUAUUGCGGCGUUGGAAAUGCAAGUCAGAGCCAUGACGGCUCUAACGAAGAUUCUGUCUGAGUUUCAGCCGUCUGUUAAAACCGGCUCGGCUUUAUAG